ACGAGGAGAGUAUCCCGCGGUAGAGCCGUGGCCGGAGCUCCGCUCCAACAGUCGGUUUUUGCUUCUGACGCGCAACGGGCGGCGCAGUCGACCGCCGGAGCGCGAUAUGCACGAGCGUGUCAUGUGACACGCGUGACAAGUAGUGCGCGCCGCGGCGUUGCUGCACGGAAUAGAGACGAGAACAGUUGCGACCAGACGGAUAAAGAGAGAGAGAAAAACAGAGGAAAGGAAAGCGAAAUAAAGCGCUCUCGCGUUCUUCAUAUAUGCGUGCGUGAGUUUGUUGAUUUAACAUCGCGGUGAAUUGAAAUAUUCCCCCCCUCCCCCGCGAUUUCGGUGCUCAUCCUCGACACCGGUGCGAUACAACACGGAAUCGGUGGGGCAUAAUUAUGCCGCUGGCGCGACGCGGCGACGACGGCACCGACGGACAACGAUACGCUGCGAAUACCAUUUGCACGUUGUCUCAUCCGCCACUACCGUCAGCAUCAACCGCCGUUGGCGACGUUAGGAGGCUCCCUGACACGCCCGUCGUCGUGAGGCAACGCGUCGGAUUCCUCGCGAACGGUUAGAACCCUUCAACGGAUCCUCUUCUCCUUUCUGUGCUACUGCUUUAUGUUUCGGAGCGAAAUAUACAGGAUAACCUGCGGGGAACACCGCGUAUUCUCGUUUGGUCGAUAGUCCGGAAAGUCGACGCGGUGAAAGACGGAAAGCGCGGUCGUAGACGACUCGCUUGAAGAAGUACCUCGCGCGGAGGCCCACCUAUCAGGACAUGGGAGAUCGCUGUAUCCGUGAAUAUCAUCACAUUGCAGGUCUUAGGAAUGCGGGAGCGGGUGGCGAGGGGAGGUGGUCCGCGCUGCUCGAGGUGGUUGGUCUUUCUGCUCGCGGUGGUAGCGGUGGUGCGGGUUGCGGGUGCGCCUUCGUACACUUCGGUGUCGUCGGCCAAGAUCCCGUCGUCGUUUAUCACCACAUCGGCCUUGUCGCGGAUAGAAUGUCCCGGUGGGUGCGAGUGCGCGAGCAGCGAGCACGGCAGCAGUCUCGUGUGUACGGAACGAAGUUUUCUCGGUCUCGGUCUGCCAAGGGACGUUGCGAACGUGUCGCUGAGAGAUGUACAAGCGGCCGCGAUUCCGGUGGCCGCUCUGGAAGCGUCCGUGAAAUUGCGAAAUCUGGUCUGGGCAUCGAGCGGCAUCGAGAGCGUGGAGCCCGGCGUGUUCCGCGCCACCGCGCUGCUCGAGCGACUCGACCUAGGUGAUAACCGGCUGGCGAAGCUGCCGUCGGACGUCUUCCAUCCGUUGCACCAACUCCAGUACCUGAACCUCACGGGGAACCGGCUGGCCGCGUUGCCGGAGCUGUUGUUCCACGGCCUGGACCGUCUCCGGGAAAUUUAUUUGGCGGGGAAUGUGCUCUCCGUACUGCCCUAUCAGGUGUUUGCGCCCGUCAAGGAGCUCACGCAGCUCAAUCUCAACGGUAACCUGUUGGUCUCGCUGCAGGAUCACAGCUUCCGGCCAAACCGGCAACUGCAAAAACUAUGGUUGGCCAGAAAUCGGUUAACGAAGUUGCCGUCGCGGCUCUUCUCCGACUUGACUCAAUUGAGGGUGCUCGAUCUCGCCAAUAAUGAGAUUGAUGCGUUGCCGCGCGGCCUCUUUAACGAUCUCGGGGCCUUGGAGUAUCUCAAACUGGAGAAUAAUCCAAUCGGGCGUCUCACAGACACCGCGUUUCAAGGCCUCGCCAAUUUACAGUGGCUCGAUCUAAGUCAUCUGCAGAUCUCGUCGCUGCCCGCGAAUAUCUGGCGGCCCGUCCGCAAGCUGAGAACUCUUCUGUUAUCCGGAACCAAACUGGAGAACCUACGGAACAAGAAUCUUGCGGAUCUGUCCGAGCUGGAGACUUUGGAGAUCCGAAACAGUUCGUUGCGAGAGAUCGGCCAGCUGGCAUUGAACGAGACACCGUCUCUGCGUAGAAUCGACCUGCGCUACAACAACCUGGCUUUCCUGCCGGCGAACGUGGCGUAUCUACCGUUGUUGAACGAAUUGCAGCUGCAGGGAAAUCCGUGGGCUUGCGAUUGUCGUAUGUUCUGGUUUGUCAAGUGGGCGGAGAGCAGUAUGCAUUUACGAGCGGCCUUUCGGAGCGGGUUCAAAUGCGGUCGCGAGGUGGACGGCACCGUGGACACCCUGAUGACAUUAGAGUACCUCAAAUGCAGUCCGCCGACUCUAAUGCGGAGCACCAGCACCCAGCAAUAUCUCCUCUUAAGUUCGGUGAUGUUGGAAUGCGAAUUCGGCGGAAAUCCGGCGCCCUCUUUGACCUGGGUCACUCCGAGUGGCCUGGUUCUCCACUGGACGCCGGAUCCGGGCUUCCCAGACGCUUUCGUCGAUCAUCCACAUAUCCACAGCUGGCUGUCCGAUCAGCCGGUCAUCGAUGACGGUCGCAUACGCGUUUUGGAGAAUGGUUCUCUGUACAUCGAAACGCUGCUGCGGCAGGACGUGGGCAAGUACAAAUGCACAGCGGUCAAUCCGAUCGCCAACGAAACCGUCUACGUAACGCUGCACAUGGAUCCGGUAACUUUGCACAAUAUCAAGAUCUUCAGUAUCCUCGUCGGCGCGAUCUGCGCCACGGCGUUUCUCUUGCUGACGCUGUCGAUCCAACUGCUGCGGUAUCUCUUCGUCAAGUGCGGAUGCAUCAAAUGGUGCUCGUGCUGCAGACGCGUGGGAGUGACGCCACGAGCGAAGCAGAUCUAUCAGAUGCUCGAUAACAUCGAACAGUACAAGAGCCAGCAGCUCGAAAGGCUAAGGGAGAACUACACGCAGCAGGUGCACAGAAUUAAGGACAACUGCGUCCAGCAAGUGGAGUGGAUACGCGACAGUUAUGAGGGCCAAAUGCAGCAUAUACGAGACAUACGGGACUACGGCACCAGCCACCUGACAGCGCUGAGAGAUCAGUAUUACGAUCAGGUGAAACGAGUGCGGGACUACUCCACCAGCCAGCUGAACUGGGUGCGCGAAAAUUAUGUCUUCCAACGGAACAAGAUCCGCAAGUUCAGUGCUCACCAGGUGUUACGACUGCGCGAGAGUUACAAGUACCAGCAGCAGACGCUGGCCAAGGUGUUGGAGAAUUUGCCGAAUCUGUACUUCGACAAUUGCCGGAGCGGCUCGUGCGGCAAGAGUGAUUCUAUGGUGUUCGAUCCUGCCAAGGAUAUUGACAGCAUGGACACGUAUUUCAAGGCGAAGAUCGACGAUCUAGCGGCCGGGGUGAGCUUGGAGGACGUCAAUAGCGAGUAUUACACACCGACCGAGUUGUCGUCGGCCAGCCCGCAUGGCUCGAACAUACCAGAGGGCAUUCACAUCAACUACAUCGAAGAGAGCGGCCCACCAUUGCCGCCAUUUGGACAUCCUCCGAUAUUGCCUGCCUCGAAAAUACUGCAAUGUAUCGAUGAGUACGGCAGUACAUCGUCCAUGUGCAACCACCACUACGAGAGCAGGAAACCGAUCUUCAAGGGCUCCACCGGUACGGACGUCUUGGGGAAAGAAUUCCGGAAAAAUCUCCCGGAAACCUUGGGACUUCUAGUACCUUGCAACAGUCUACCUGAUCUUCCACGCGAAACCAAACUCUAGCCGGCAGCAAUAUUAUGGCACAGCUAAAGCGGAAAGAAUGGGUUCCUGCUAUCAUUUAAGUUUUCAGAAACAUUAAGAGAGAUUAUUUUCGGAUAAUCGGCAGGAUGGAGAGGAACGAAGGGAUCAUCCCCUCUAAGUCUGAUAAGUGGAUAUUGCUCGAAGCUUCUUCCGGUUUUGAUACGAUUGAUUCAAGAGUGUCUUGGGAGACAAUUCGAGAAAAACUCGUGUCAGUGCCAAGAAAAAGAGGAUCCUUCCUCUGCCGAGAUCGAUGACUGUCGAUCGAGCAAAAAGUGUGUGCGUGUGCUAACUUUUAGGAGAACAAAAAAAAUUACGGACAGUUUCCAAGGACUACCUUGAUACGAUUGUCCUUGUAACCUGUCCGUCUUGUCGCAACGUGUGCUUUUUUUUCUUCAUCAGUGUCAUCGUUUUUGGAUGACCAUUUCAUCCGUGAGGAUGCAGGGAUAAAAAAAAAGACGCAAAUUGCAUCUCGCGCCUUUUAUCAUCUCGGCUGUAAACUAAUUUCCUCUUACAAAGCGCGAUGAAGAGGAGAAGUAACUUCGCUUAGUUGUCAAUUCCACGAGUCUUAAGAUUGCGAUGUCCGCGAGAAAUCGCUCUUAAAUCCUUCUGUAGAUAGGCGUGCGUGAAAGUUUUAUGUAUCAGUGCUCGCAAGAAAAAGUUGGAGUAUUCUCUAUUGCGAAAGACUGAGGUUUUAAUCACUUUCUCCUUCUUCGUCUCGAUUUUUCCUCGCGAAUAAUUCGAGAAACGACAAAGAACGCGAGCAUUCGUUUGCUUGCGCCUCUUUCUCCUAUUUUUUUUUUUUUUUUUUUUUUAACCACUUGUGUUUAGCGUAGUAAAUUACAAAUUAUCUGAGACAUGGAAGUAUAUGCUUCUAUGGAAGAAUGAAAAGAAGAAAACAUAGCAGAAAGUAACCAACGUACGUACUUAAUUUUUUUAAUCAUACAGCAACAUAUCCAAUCUCUUGCGUUUGUCGCGAAGAAAGCAGAGAGAAGAAGAAAUUAUUGGCUGUUAGUAUUUUUGAAUCGAAGCAGCGUUUUGAAGAAAGUAAUUGUAUCUACAAUUUUAGUUGCAAUGAAAGUUUUCUUAUGCAAGCUUUGCAAGAAUGCGUCCCUUUGUUGAAUAAAUCCUGAUGAAUCGUCAUUAACGUCUUAAUUCCCAUCCAAAUUCCAUCUUGCGGUCAGACCUUGUAGAAAAACACGUUAAAAACUUAAUCAUCGGUUCAGUGAUCUUCCUUAGAUACACGCGUGCUAAAUGAGAAAAUAAGAGCUACUAACCGUACUAAUUAACAACGAGCGAAACAUACUGGCUCUCUGACAGUUAUCAUCACUAAUUCUAAGCAAUGCAAUUAACGCGAAUCCUAAUCAUCAAAAAUCUUUUUGCAACGUUGCUUAAUAUUCGAGUAAGAACAGUAAAAGCAACAAUUAAGAGACAAAGCAAGUGUGAACUAAAUCCAUAAUUUAUCAGAGAAAACUCAAUAAAAAUACUUAAUCAGAUAAAUAGUAAUACGAAACUCAUUAGUAAUUUUGUUAACAAAAAUUUCCAAAAAAAAAAAAAAAAAA